CAUAAUAAUAAUAAUAAAACGGUCAAUCAAUCAGUAUUUAUUAUUAUUAUUAUUAUCGACAAAAUUUCCAUUCUUGGUUUCCAUUGCAGUUCGAAUACAUUAUCAUCGGUAACUAUCAACAGAAGCCACUCAAGAUGGCUAGAAAUCGAAAUGAUAAUAAUGAAGAAUCACGAACAAUAAAACGUAAAUCCAAAGCAAAACAACAACAACAACAAUCACAAAAUCAACGUGAAAGACAUCGAUCGAAAAAAAGUAAAGAUAAUGAUCCAUUACAAACAGAUGAAUCAUCAUCAAAACAUUCAUCACAUCAUCAUAAUCGUAGUAGUAAAUUAUCGAUACCAUCAACUAUUGUUAGUAAAAUUCAUAAAAUUGAAUCAAUGUCUGGUGCCGUUAUGAUACGAAAUGAAAUGGCCAUCAAUACGACCGGUUUUUGGAUCGAUCGUUCAUGUAUAUUGAAUCAAACAGAAUAUUCACAAAUUUUUCGUGCCAACAAACAAGAUGUUAAUUCACAAUCAUCGGGUUUGGAACAACCACCGAUGGUAGUGAAAAUAACCAAUCUAGCUGAAUGUUCGCCAAGAUUUCGUUCAAAUUUACUUCGUUAUUCUGUUCGUAUCAUGCGUUUCAUAUCGACAAUAAGACGUGGUCCAACGACAUCGAUUUUUCUAAAAAUUUAUGAAAUAUUUCAGAUGGAAGCAGUGAAACUAUACAUUUUUAUGGAUGAAUGUCAAGCUAGUCCAACAAUGUAUGAUCUGGUACGAUCACCAACACCAAUGCAACCGAAUGAAAUACGUGAAUAUAUGCGUCAAAUAGUGUCCGGUAUUGGUGUGCUACAAAAAUUGGGUGUCGCACAUCGUUACAUAAAAUUACAGCAUAUUCUAUUCGAUAUGAAUAAUCAAUUGAAACUAUGUGGUUGGAGUAAAGCCGUUUUUUACUAUCAAGUUGAUGCAAAAAAAUUAUUAUUACAAAAUGUUGAACGUCGUGUAAGAAGAAAUUAUUUUCUACCACCAGAAGCAUUUCAACGACAAUAUGAUCCAUCCAAAGCGGAUAUCUGGUCAUUGGGUGUAUUAUUAGUGGCAAUGUGUACAAAACGUUAUCCAUUCAAUGUACGUGAUGAACGAACAAAAUUCUCUAAUCAAUGGCGUGAUUUUGUUCGAAAACAUGAAAUGAAUGUACAUGUUCGUAAUUUAUGUAAUCGAAUAUUCAGUAUAGAUCCUAAAAAUCGUAUCGAAUGUGAUCGUAUACUUGCUGAUCGUUAUUUUGAUGUGCCAACAACGAAAUUAAUACCAUUAAGUAUAAAAGCAAGUACUGAAUUAAUUGAAAGAGAAUCAUCAAGAAUUGGUGCAAUAUCAGCUGUUGAUCUUGGACAAUCUGAUGGUCAAAUUAUGGGUAAAACUUCUGAUAAUGAAAUUCAAGCUACUACCAUGGCUGAAGGCGAAGAAAUUGUCGGUGAAGGUGAAGAAGUAGCUGAUGUUGAUGCAAAUACUACUGAACAACGAAUCCAAGAUGGUGGAGCAGUUGGUGAAGAAGAAAAUCUAACAGCCGAGGAAAUGGUUACUGAAUCACAAAUGGCAGAAAAUGUUGCACCCGAAGAAGAGGAAACAAAAGCAUAACCACACACACACACACACACACACAAACACAUAUACUAAGAUAGCGAGAUAAAUGGGAAUAAAAAGUUUGAAAAAAAAAAAAUCAAUUUAUCGUUACAGAAUUAUAAAAAUUUAAAAUUUUGCGCGGUAUUUAAAAUUUCAAUUUAUGAAAAGUUCUGCCAUCUGUUGACACAUGACAAAUUUCUUUUUUUGAAAAAUGGAUCCGAUUUUGAAAAAGUUUCAUUUUAAUUAAUUAAUCAAUUAUAAAAUGUGUAUGUAAUGGACAAUGUAUUAUGUUUAUAUUUCAGGAAUAGAAAAUUGUACAAAUAUUUUGUGAUUUGUAAUAAUGUGAUUCGUGUAAUGGUGGCAUUCAUCAAUGUAUUAUUCAGUGUGUAAAAAUUGAUUUUUAUUCAGUGUUAAAUAGAAUUUUUUUCAUCUUGAAUGAAUGACGAUGAUGAUGAUGAUGAUGAUGGCUAAACAAUGUGUGAUAAUUAUAUGAUAAAUUGGUUGUGUGAGCAAAUAUCAAUCAAUCAAUUGAUUAAUGAUGAUGUUUUUCUCCAGGAAAAAAAAGAUGAUCUACUUCCAAUGGUAAAAAUGAUAAUCAUUAAUGAUGACGAUGAUGAUGAUGAUAAUAAUAGCAAAAUAUAAUCACAGACAGUACACAGAACAGAUGUAUUUUGGGGGUGGGGCAGGCAUUUUAUUUUCAAAUCUGUUUUGUGAUUGAUAAACAAAACAAAACAAAAAAACAUCGACAACGACGACAACAAAACAACAAUGCCAGCGGGUUAAAUUUUUUUUUUUUUUUGCCAUUUGGUUAAGAUUUAAUUUAUCUCAUAAUUAUUAAAUUGUUUUUUGUUUGUUGUUUUACAAAUAUUUUGAAAUUGGCUUAUAUUUUCGAAUCGAAUCGAAACAUUAUCAUCAUCAUCAAAAAAAAAAACAUUUAUCAAUUUAGAAUUUAUAAGAAAACACAAUGUAGAAAUAUAAUCAAUUAGGAAAAUAUGUCU